GAGAUGAUGAUAUUUCACGAAAACUGAAUACAGGAAAUCGAAUUACUGGCACCGAAAUUGUAUGAAAAAGGCCGCCUGCGCGUCUCAUUCGAGUGUGUUGCGUGUUUUGAGCAUAUCGAAAAUUAGACAACAAGUUUACGCCUAUUAAGAGAAUUUAUACUCUCGUCUAAAAAAAAAACAUAUAACUAUAAUUAAUUGGCAAAUGGAAACAGACGCUGGGACUGUGUGUGUCUCGUGUCGCAUAUAAAAUAGAGGGGCACUCGCUCCACGCUUUUCAAACGAUCACAAAAUGUGCAGCAUUGUGUAUGAUGCGGAUGUGGCCGCUCCGCCCAAGCAUCUGGAUGUGGCUUUCUUUGAGGAGGUGCUAGAGACGGCCCUGAGAACGGCCAGGGUCCAGCUGCUGACAAUUCACAUUCGGAUGGGCAGCAGCACCGGCGAGAACUACUGCAGUCAGAUCUAUCGGGCAAAGGUGGCGUAUCGGCUGCCCGGCCAGGCGGACCAGCACAUGAUGUUCAUUGUGAAGAGCAUACCGCGCUUGGAGUCCGUGGAGUUUAUUGAGGAUCUGCAGGUGUACUUGAAGGAGAAGAUAACCUAUCACGAUGUGCUGCCCCGCCUCGAGCUGCUCAUGCAAUGCAAGCGGCGCUUUGGACCCAAACUCUUUCAGUGCCUUAAGCAGCCGGAGAACACGCUGGUGUUUGAGGAUCUCGGCCAUUUAGGCUUUGUGAUGGCCUCCCGCGAAUCGGGCCUGAACGAGGAACACUGCCGUUUGGUUAUGGAACGUCUGGGCGAGUUCCAUGCCACCUCCAUGGCCCUGGCAGUGCUCGAUCCGCACCUCUUUGAGUCCUACAGCGAUGGCAUGCUGUCACCCACUGGCCUGGCCAAGGCCGAUGGCCUGCUGAUGCGCUUCUUUGCGGGCAACGGAGAGGAGCUGCACACCAUGGUGAGCACCUGGCCGGGAUACGAGCGAAUUGCCGAAAAGAUUGGCAAAUACAUGAAGAAUCAGCGCACGAAUCUGGUGCGCAGCCAGGCGCCGCAGCCGAAGGAGAUCAGGGUGCUCAACCACGGCGACCUGUGGGUCAAUAAUCUGCUCUUCAAAUACGACAACGCCAAGCGGCCCCAGGACCUGAUCUUGAUCGACUUCCAGCUGAGCAUCUGGGGCAGUCCGGGCAUCGAUCUGAACUACUUUUUCUACACCAGCCUCAGCCUGGAGGUGCUGCGAGACAAGCGACCCCAGCUGCUGCGUAUCUACCACACGCGGAUGUCGGAGACGCUGCUAAACCUGGACCUGGGCAUACCGGUGCCCAGCUACGAGCAAAUACUGGAGGAGGUGCACCGCCGCGAGUGCUACGGUUUUUUUGCCAGCUAUGGCAUAUUCCCCACCGUCAGCCAGGACAAGUCCCAGACCGCCGACAACAAUCUGGAGAAUUUCACCGACGCCGACUUUGCCAAGCAGAAGGUUAGACAAAUGUUCGAGUCCCCGCGUCUGCGGGAGACUUUGCGCCACACUUUGCCGCAUUUCGAGCGGGCUGGCGUCUUAGAUUAAAGUAAUAAUAUCACUUACUUGUUACUAAAUACGUUUAGACGGUUGCGCAAAGCUUAAAUUAUCGCUAAAACACUUUAAAUAUCACUUUUUGCACACUUGAAAUGUUUUGCCACCAAAUUUUCCAUUUACCGUUUACCGUUAUGGCCAUUAACAGCACUUUGUGUGCAUUAACAGCGCGCACUUGUGAGUCAGUGAACGCACUUAACCCACUUCAGCCCCCUCUAAUUAAACAGUUGAACAACUUGAGUUAAAUUUCGGUAAAUACCACUGUUUU